UAGAUGAUAGAUCUUAAAAAAUCCGUUAGAGAUAGAAAAUUGUAGGGUUUUGUGCUCCUAUAUGUAUAACCAUAUGCCGCAUCAAUUUCUCAGAAGCAAAGCCACAGUGUAGGGUUCUGCCAUGGCUGCCACUGUUAUCAGCCGUUGCAAACAGAAGUAGCAUUAUGGAUCAAGGGAGGCAGGUAUUCACAGUGGACCUUCUGGAACGAUAUGCGGCAAAAGGGCAUGGAGUUAUCACUUGCAUGGCUGCUGGGAAUGAUGUCAUUGUCAUUGGAACCAGCAGAGGAUGGGUCAUCAGGCAUGAUUUUGGGGUUGGCAAUUCAUUUGAGAUUGAUCUCACUGUGGGUCGUCCUGGGGACCAGUCAAUUCAUAGGGUUUUUGUUGAUCCUGGAGGGAGUCACUGUAUUGCCACUGUAAUUGGUCCUGGAGGUGCUGAAACUUUCUACACUCAUGCCAAAUGGACCAAGCCACGAAUUUUGAGCAAGCUGAAAGGUCUUGUUGUAAAUGCUGUUGCAUGGAACAAGCAACAGAUAACAGAAGUUUCCACAAAGGAAGUUAUCCUUGGUACAGAAAAUGGUCAACUUCAUGAGCUGGCCGUGGACGAGAAGGACAAGAAAGAGAAGUAUAUCAAGUUUCUCUAUGAAUUAACAGAACUUCCAGAAGCUUUUAUGGGCUUGCAGAUGGAAACAGCUAGCUUGAUUAAUGGGACUAGAUAUUAUGUGAUGGCCGUUACUCCUACUCGGCUUUACUCUUUUACUGGCUUUGGCUCACUGGAAACGGUUUAUUCAGGUUAUUUAGAUCGUACGGUGCACUUUAUGGAACUUCCUGGUGACAUACCAAACAGUGAAUUGCAUUUUUUCCUUAAGCAACGAAGAGCCGUACAUUUUGCAUGGCUUUCUGGAGCUGGUAUUUACCAUGGUGGCUUAAAUUUUGGAGGACAGCAGAGCUCUUCAAGUGGAAAUGAGAAUUUUAUUGAGAACAAGGCUCUUUUGGACUACUCCAAAUUGUCUGAAGGAGCUGAAGUAGUUAAACCAAGUUCAAUGGUGUUGUCUGAAUUCCAUUUCUUGUUGCUUUUAAGGAAUAAGGUCAAGGUUGUAAAUAGAAUUAGUGAGAACAUCAUUGAGGAACUUCAGUUUGAUCAAACGUCUGAUUCAGCAUCAAAGGGUAUUCUAGGAUUAUGUAGUGAUGCCACAGCUGGUUUAUUUUAUGCAUAUGAUCAAAACUCCAUAUUUCAGGUUUCUAUCAAUGAUGAAGGCCGAGACAUGUGGAAAGUAUAUCUUGACAUGAAUGAUUAUGCUGCUGCUUUGGCAAAUUGUCGUGAUCCUUUCCAAAGGGACCAAGUAUAUUUAGUGCAGGCUGAAGCUGCGUUUUCUUCUAAAGAUUAUUUUAGAGCUGCAUCAUUCUAUGCCAAAAUCAAUUAUAUUUUAUCAUUUGAAGAGGUCACUUUGAAGUUCAUCAGCGCUGGUGAACAGGAUGCUUUGAGAACUUUCUUAUUGAGGAAGCUUGAUAGUUUAGAAAAGAGUGACAAAUGCCAAAUAACAAUGAUAUCUACCUGGACAACUGAAUUAUACUUGGACAAGAUAAAUCGACUGCUCUUGGAAGAUGACUCUGCAUUGGAGAAAAGCAACUCAGAGUACCAAUCAACUAUUGAAGAGUUUCGUGCUUUUCUCAGUGACAGCAAGGAUGUAUUGGAUGAAGCAACUACAAUGAAACUUUUAAAGAGUUAUGGAAGGGUUGAAGAAUUGGUUUAUUUUGCUAGCUUAAAAGGGCAGUAUGAGAUUGUAGUUCACCAUUACAUUCAGCAAGGAGAAGCAAAAAAAGCAUUGGAAGUUAUUCAGAAGCCUUCUGUACCUAUAGAUCUUCAGUAUAAGUUUGCUCCGGACCUUAUUGCCCUUGAUGCAUAUGAAACCGUGGAAUCAUGGAUAGCUACAAAGAAUCUGAAUCCAAGGAAACUGAUUCCUGCAAUGAUGCGUUAUUCAAGUGAACCACAUGCAAAGAAUGAGACACAUGAAGUCAUUAAAUAUCUUGAAUAUUGUGUUCAUCGAUUACAUAAUGAAGAUCCUGGAGUUCAUAAUCUGCUACUUUCUUUAUAUGCAAAACAGGUUGCUUUAUACAUCCAUGAUCCAUGUACUUCUGAUAUGGAAGAUGAUAGUGCACUUCUACGUUUCCUACAAUGCAAAUUUGGGAAAGGACCAGAAAAUGGUCCUGAGUUCUUCUAUGAUCCUAAGUAUGCUUUGCGUCUUUGCCUCAAGGAAAAACGAAUGCGUGCAUGUGUUCAUAUAUACAGCAUGAUGUCUAUGCAUGAAGAAGCAGUUGCUCUUGCCCUACAGUUAUGUCUUAUGGGGAUGCUGCAAGACCAGCCAAUUGUUUCACGGAUGCUUUUAUUCUUUAUGCAAUAGAAGUCUUGAGCUAAGGAAAAUUCAUUGAUGAGGCCCAAAAGUGCCUUAUAGCGGGGAUUUUUCUUCCCUUUCUCAUCCCUUCUCCGUUGUGUCUUGGAAAAAGUUAGUUGCCUUG